AUUUGGCGUGUUGUUUACCGCGAUGUCGCUUUGCUCAGGCUACCAAAAAGUCGACCAAUUCGGACCAGACGACGAAUACGAGGAUGAAGAAGAGAUAUUCUAUGUUACGCUCGAACUGGGACACGUCGAGCCAACUCUCAUCGCGAGCUGUGACAGUUACCAGCUAAUUGGUCUGGAUACUGCGACGCCAUUUCUGCAGCUGGCUGGGACGGUUCUCAAAGGCCGCCAUGAAACUUUGCUGGGUACAGAAUUGCUGUUCUCGGACGCGACAGACGCGUCUACUGACAGUGUAUCUUAUGUGAAGAGCACACGGCAGCGUAUCUACUUCCGAGAGGUGCGGCUCGAAAAGAAGAGCAAAACCAAGGAAAAGGUUGAUGUUCUGGAUCGCAAACUCGCCCCGCGCCGAAGCAGAAGUAAAAAGAUGGAGGUCGUCCCUGAGGAUUACUGAUGGAGGAUGUGUGACGUCUGCAUAGGAUCUCGAAGGAUUUUUAAGGCUGAGGCUCAUCUUUGCAUCACUGGUGGCUCGACAAAACAUCGUACAGUCUGAAUUCCUACUUGUACAUGCAUCACUUGCGGCAGCCUACAGCUGUGCCAGUAUCGUCUUUGCAUCUGUAACGGUGAUUUUACUUGGAUCCUCUUCAACCGCAACUGAAGCGACCUCUUGGUUCUUGACAAUCAUAGCAUAGCGCU